UGGGAAGUACACAUCUUGCCAACAGCACAGCAGCUGCAAAAUCGCAAAAGUGGCGAGAAUGUAGCAAUUAUUUGCUCAGUGAUUGGUUUGCAGAAAAGCCUGGAUGCAGAAGUGGAUAUCAAAUGGUUUCGUGAGGAGCAAGAGAUGCCAAUCAUCAGAUUUGAAAGUUUAAUAUGUGCACUCUUGUUGGCAAUGUUUUUGCAUUUUCUUUCACAUGGGCGGAAUAGGGCAUCGAUUGAGGUGACACUUUUGGACAGGCGAUGUGAAAAGUGA